CACAUUGUACUAACAAUAGACUUCAAUCGGGACUGGAUAUGACUUGUCCAACAGUGUUUUCUCGCCAGGUAUGUAUCGGUAGAGAAGGAACCAGCGACUCGAGAGCGUUGCAAGAGCAGAUCGACAGCAUUGGUGAUUGAUCAACCACCCUAUAGACACAAUUUUGGCCAUGUUUAGGAGCUCUACUAUUACCAUCAGCAUAUCUGCUCCAGAUGUUUCUUGCAGGGUCACUGACAAACGCUUCAUAGGCUCAGUACUAACAAGCAGACGGAAGAAACUUCCAAGUGGAAUACGCCAUGAAGGCAGUCGAAAACGGAGGCACAUCCAUCGGAAUCAAAUGCAAAGACGGCGUGGUGUUGGCGGUCGAAAAGAUCAUAAAUUCCAAGUUGUUGGUUCCUGGCAGAAACAAGCGUAUACAGACCAUCGAUAGACACAUUGGGGUUGUGUACUCGGGUCUUUUGCCCGACGGACGCCAUUUCGUGAAUAGAGGACGUGACGAGGCCCAGUCCUUCAAGUCCAUAUACAAGACCCCGGUGUCUGUGCCCCACUUGAUGGACAGAUUGGGCAUCUACGUGCAAAACUACACUUGUUACAACUCUGUUAGACCAUUCGGGGUAGUCUCUAUUGUCGGGGGUGUCGACGACAACGGCCCCCACUUGUACAUGAUUGAGCCCAGUGGAACAUGCUGGGGAUACUCCGGUGCUGCCACUGGUAAGGGCCGUCAAACCGCCAAGUCUGAAUUAGAAAAGUUGAACUACGAAGAGUUGACGGUCAGAGAAGCCGUCAAGGUUGCGGCCAAGAUCAUCCACCAAGCCCACGAAGACAACAAAGAUAAGGACUACGAGUUGGAAAUCUCGUGGGUCUCUAAGGAAGAAACUGGUGGCUUGCAUCAGUUUGUUCCUGAGGAGUUGUUGGAAGAGGCCAGAAAGCUCGCUGAGGACGACGAGGGCGAGGAAGACGAAGAGAUGGAAUCAUAAGCCAUAGAUUUUAAUCAAUAAAAAAUACGAAACUCACCACGGAACAACGGUCCAAGAAAAAGCCAUGUAGUGUAGCUAGCCAAGAAGAGGCGCAUCUACAAUAACUGGAAAAUGGAGCUACUUUCGAUUGGCUAGCUGACAGUUCCGUUGAACGUCUUUUUGCGACUACAGAGUAUGCCUAGAAGCAGCUCAUGUAAUGCAACAAUACUCCACCUUUAGAGGUAGACCAUAUAUACGACAUACCUGAACACCGAUAGUUUGUACUGUGGUAAUAUCAAUAAGACACAUCUACUUGAUGUAAAUCCUAUACAGUAAUUCCUCCCAUAUCAAAAUCUUAUCUAUGUAUUGUAGUCGUAGCUAUUCAUUCACUAAUACGUACUUCCUGUUCUGUUUGAAACUAUUCAGUCUAAGCUUAGCAGCCCUAUCUAGUAGU